GGCUUGAUGCUUAUAUAAUUCACCCAAGAUUUUCACAUGCCGUGUCCUCUUUUAAUUUUCCACCUGGUCCGACGAUUCUGGAGAGAGAACGAAAAGUAUGCAACCAGAACUGGUAUCUAUUCAGGACUUGUAUCCGGAUAAAUUUGAUGUUGACGACGAUGAAUACGGCAGGUUUCUUUUUCUCUGUUUUUCCGUACUUGUACUGACCUUUCACAUUCAUACAAAUUCUUCAAACGAAUCAUAUUCUUGUUUUGCCCACUCGCAUGUCCUUGUGUGUCAAAUCACGAAGACGCGGAAGACGAUUUCGCCCUCAAUCUUGGCGCAGAGUCUGUGGCACCUACACCGCCCCCAGAACCCUCUAAUUUCCCUAACGCGUUCUUGCCUGCAACGUCAAUGAAGAGGCAGAGGUCGCAUUUACAAAUUAGAUCUUCACACCCAGACUGUGCUAUUUGCCUCCAGCCAGCCAUUAGGCCGUUUCUAACGUCGUGUUGCGAGAAGGUUCUAUGUGAUGAACACCUGCAAUAUCAGCUGCACACAUCGCACGCUUGUCUAUCUUGCGGCUCGCCUUACCUCGUAACUUCUCCCACCACGAUUUCAUCCUUGCAUGUGGUUUCGCAGAAAGACUCUGACUCCUGUGAUGAUUCUUCCAACUCACACAUGUCUUUUGACUGUGAUGCUUCCGCAUCUAUUGGUUCUGAAUCCGACUCUGCGGAAGAGACUCCCUCCUCUCAUACAAGGUAUACACUGCUUCCAAAUCCAGUAUCCACGACAGUCGACCCAGAACUCGCCGGCUUGGCAGGUGGCGUUCUGGGAAAGGUGCUCAGCAUUGUUGCCCUGACGUUGGUUUUCUAUGUCUUAUUCAAUUGAUAUAUUCUCUGUACAGCUCUUUUCCUCGUCACUCGUUUUCCUAUAUCAUCAUAUCAUUCCCAUUGCUACCCUUCAUUCCAUACUCGUUCCAAAUCAAUUGCUCAACGCAAUACUUUUGUGAUUACUAUAUCGUGCGCCCUCAACUUGCCUACUGCAGUCUUCCUCAUUCAUUCUGACCAACCAUUGUCAUCUAUCUUCGUCAUAUCAUUGUAUUACCAUCUAUUCAUUGCAUCGCAUUUUCACUAGUUCUUAAACAAAUGGCAUCGUUUUUUUUACCUCCAGGCUCUUCCUUCGUCAAGACUAUUGCUGCUCUCUUCCAAGGCCAACUUAAGGUCG